AUGUCCAAACGUCCAUACGAUGAUGAUAACGAUGACUUUGACCUAUUUGCCUUUCCCCCAAGGCCUGACCUCUUUGACCAAACCAAAUGGGCACCGCAUGUGAGCAGAGAAGAUGCAAAGAUCGCGCAUCGUUUCUGGUCCCUCCCGGACACUGUACUUGGAGACAGCCUAGGAGAGCAACCCCGUUAUACCCAGCCCAGGGAUGCGGGCGACAAUCCCGCAGCACAUGCGCUCGCAAAGAAUGUCUAUGACCACUUGAUGCACGACGAAAGUUUCCUAACGCCAAUUAAUCCUGCAGAUUGGCAAAGGGAAUGGACCAAUUCCGGGCUGAACAACAGGGUCUGGUCAUUCCGCGACAUCUUUGAAGGACAGGGUCUUGAUCUUGGGGAAGCUACUGAAGAUCUUAAUGAGGUGGACGGACAGCUUAUCAGGGACAUGAAGGCCAUCCAGUUAAGAGCCGCCCUAGGGAGCCGAAACCUCUCAACUGAAGGGACGGUUCCCGUAUUACGCCGGCGACUUCAGGACUACAAACGCAAAGUGUAUCAUCAAUAUCGCGUCCUGCCUCGAAGUGAUCUGUCGCAAUGGGGUGUCCACAGAGAUGACGCGCGAAAGUACACUAUCGAGAUCAGCGACGAUGAUGGUAUAGGUGCAUUGGAUAUGUACACUUGUGCUAUUCUUGCCAGCCCAUAUAACCCAGCUUAUUGGCUGAGCCGGGCUUACUGCCAUUACCAACAAGCGUUUUUUGACCUUGCCAUCGGGGAUGCUUAUCGAGCAGAAUAUCUCUGUGACGUUCUUUAUGAUGCACACCGGCGAAGUCUCCAGCCUGGGCUCUAUACGCGGAUAUGGCACGCUCUGGAACAGCAUAUUAUGGUUCAACCUAGAGAUCCUAUCACGGGUUCAAUGGGGGUUAAUUUCUUCGUACCCACUAUCCGGAAUGCCACCCAGCACGUUCUUGCUCUUAGUCUCAUGGCGCUCCAGUGUUGGGACGACUAUAAAACAAGGGGACGUCUUCUUAGAGCAAGGACAGUAAAUGCGGACCGUGACAUGAUGCCAUUUCAAGAGCGCGCCAAAGUCAUGGAAUCCGUUGCUGACAGAGCCAAGACGGCCAAGGCAAAUACUGAGCACUAUUAUUACGAAUCACGAGCCGGACACACUUCAGGAGACAGGAUAUAUCCCCAUGACGCAGACGACAUCGAUCGUGCUGCAGUCGCCUUUACGGAGAAGGCAACAGAUGUCUUUUUCAACCAGAAUGAAAGCCUCCCUUGGAAGAAGUGCAGGAUUGCCGCCAGCAACGAUCAAGGUAACACACAACUGAAAGUGGUUGCUACAGAGGAUAUUGCAAAGAAUGAGGUCAUCUUUGUCGAAAAUCCCCCAAUCAGAGGCCAUCUCGAGCUGCCAAAGCUACCCAUCAAAGUGGUACCAUUAAAGUGUGACAAUUGCCGGAGAACCCUGGCCGCCGAGCAUCUGGAGGAAUACACUCGUGAAUUCGGACAAGGGAAUGUCCGUGAAGCAUGCAAAUGUAUCACAAAGCCUGUCCCCAUCCCAUUCUGCCCUGCGCUAAACGAUGACGAUCCAACUUGCGCUGAGAAUGCUCGAGCACGGUAUCACUAUCGUGUCUGUGGUGAAGACUGGGAAUGGCUACACGACUCCAUGCGGCCUGUAAAAGUCGUAAACCUCAACAAACUACCACGUUACGAGUGCUCGUUUGAAGCACAGGCGACUUUACUGAGUCUCCUCCUGCGUGAAGUAUUCGACAUCACCCUUCACCGAAGAGAAACCCAAGAUCCCAACCUCAUGGCGCACGAAAUCGACGAGCUUGUCGCGCUUGAAACCCCCCAUAACUGGACCAAUCGAAGGUUUCCCUUCAGCCUAACCGCCAACGUCCAUGUCCCCUUUAAUAUCCUCUUACAACUCGGCGUCGACAUCUUCCGCGACCUUAGCUUCGACACCUGGGUCAUCCAACUCAUCCUGAAGAAGCUCACUGUCAACGCCAUCCCCUGCGCGGGUAAGCGUCUUCAAAAGACGAACAUUAUCAAGAGUAAACCCUUUCCAAAACUGGAAGCUGACCUGACGACUGAUAAUUUACCAAAUUUUUGGCCCACUUUCCUCAAACUAUAUUUAUAUCCUGGACACAGUCUGUUCAACCAUGCCUGUCCUACGAAGUACAACGCCAGCUGGGCCUACUACGGCGACGAGAACCCUAAUCUGAUCAUCUUGUGGUCAUUCAAAGACAUCAAGAAAGGUGAUGAGAUCCGCAUCCCGUAUUUUCACACUCUCGAUACGGGUGUCUCCACUAGCACUCUGGAGCGUGCUCUCGGAGGACCUUGCAACUGUGGCGGGCCUCAUCUCGAUGAAAAAUAUAUACCACCCACCUAA